AAAAUAUUUUCGUUUUGUUAUUCCAUUUAAAAGAAAAAUGUAUAUGUUUCCAAAAUUCCGCUCAGAUUCCCGUGUGAAAUGUAUUUGACACGACAUUUAGAACGUCACUAUCCGACCAAACAAGUUAUUUGUGAAUCCUGUGGCAAAGUGAUACACUCCCUCGAUGCCCUCAAACAUCAUAUGCGGCGAGUGCAUGACAAGGUGUCCGAGCAAUGUACCUACUGCGGUCAAUGGUAUUCUAGUCGGGCGACAAUGCGUCGCCAUUUAUUGAAUAUGCACGUGCAUGCCGAUGAAGAACAUCGUUGUGAAAUCUGUGGCUUCGUGUCGUCUUCGAAAACGGCCAAGAAGCGACACAUCGAAUUCAAACAUAAUCCGGAAAAGAAGCACAAGUGUACAAUGUGUGACAAGGCCUUUAAGACGCCCACUCUACUGAAGGAACACAUAGCCACUCACACCGGUGUCGAUUUAUACAACUGUGCCUAUUGUGAUGCCUCAUUCAAAUCGAAAUCGAAUCGUUCCACACACUAUAAACGCCAUCAUCCGGCAGAAUAUAUGGCCAAUAUGAGAAGACGCCCCUGUCCCAGUAGCAUCAAUAAUUAUAUACAAAAUCCUCCAGUUAAUUUAGAAGCACAAUAGGAACUAAGUAGCAGAAAUGAAAUAUUCUAUUAAUAAAGGCUUUUCUUCUUCGAUGGCUUGUAAAAGAAA